UCGCGUGUGUGUUUGCAAGGGGAGUGGGAAAGAUGGCGGACGCCUUUGGGGACGAGCUGUUCAGCGUGUUCGAAGAAGACCCUGCCGCCGCUUCCGGCUCGAAGAAGCCGAAGGGGACAGCUGAGGCGACUGCCGCUGCCGCUGCUGUAGGCAAGGCCGGGAAACAAUCAGAUGGCAAAUCUGCAGCAUCCUCUAAAUUUCCAACAAAAACUAAACGAGAUGCAGAGGCUGAUAGCACAGAAGUUCCAGUUUUUGAAAAGAAGCCAAAGUUGGAAGAUACCACCACAGAAGAUCUCAGUUUGGCAGACCUGAUGCCAAAAAUAAAGGUACAAGCAGUUGAAACUGUUGAAGGUUGUACACAUGAGGUUGCUCUUCCUGCAGAUGAAGAUUUUAUAGCCCUGAAGCCAAGAACUGGAAAAGCUGCAAAGGAAUAUCCAUUCAUUCUUGAUGCUUUUCAAAGAGAAGCUAUUCUGUGUGUGGAUAACAAUCAGUCAGUGCUGGUGUCUGCUCAUACAUCAGCAGGGAAAACUGUGUGUGCAGAGUAUGCCAUCGCUUUGGCUUUAAGGGAAAAACAGCGUGUGAUAUUUACUAGUCCCAUCAAAGCUCUCAGUAACCAAAAAUAUCGUGAGAUGUAUGAAGAAUUUCAAGAUGUUGGUCUGAUGACAGGGGAUGUCACCAUCAAUCCGACAGCAUCUUGUCUUGUAAUGACAACGGAGAUUUUGAGAAGUAUGCUUUACAGAGGUUCUGAGGUCAUGCGUGAAGUUGCUUGGGUUAUAUUUGAUGAAAUUCAUUACAUGAGGGAUUCAGAACGUGGUGUGGUAUGGGAGGAAACCAUAAUUUUACUCCCAGACAAUGUUCACUAUGUGUUCCUUUCUGCCACUAUUCCAAAUGCACGCCAGUUUGCUGAAUGGAUAUGCCAUCUUCACAAACAGCCUUGUCAUGUGAUUUACACAGAUUAUCGACCCACUCCGCUGCAACAUUAUAUCUUCCCAGCAGGGGGAGAUGGACUCCAUCUUGUAGUUGAUGAAAAUGGUGAUUUUAGAGAAGAUAAUUUUAACACGGCCAUGCAAGUCCUUCGAGAUGCAGGUGACUUAGCUAAAGGGGACCAAAAAGGCAGAAAAGGAGGAACAAAAGGUCCGUCAAAUGUUUUUAAGAUUGUAAAGAUGAUAAUGGAAAGAAACUUUCAACCAGUAAUUAUAUUCAGUUUCAGUAAGAAAGAUUGUGAAGCGUAUGCUCUUCAAAUGACAAAACUGGACUUCAAUACAGAUGAAGAAAAAAGGAUGGUGGAAGAAGUGUUUAAUAAUGCAAUUGACUGUUUGUCCGAUGAAGACAAAAAACUUCCUCAAGUUGAGCAUGUUCUUCCACUUUUGAAGCGAGGCAUUGGAAUCCACCAUGGGGGGUUGCUUCCUAUCCUAAAGGAAACCAUAGAAAUACUUUUCUCUGAAGGAUUGAUCAAGGCCUUAUUUGCAACUGAGACUUUUGCUAUGGGAAUAAACAUGCCAGCAAGAACAGUGCUGUUCACAAGUGCCCGGAAGUUUGAUGGGAAGGAUUUCCGAUGGAUUACCUCAGGUGAAUAUAUUCAGAUGUCUGGUCGUGCCGGACGUCGAGGCAUGGAUGAUAGGGGAAUAGUUAUUCUGAUGGUAGAUGAGAAGAUGAGCCCAACAAUUGGAAAACAACUUCUUAAGGGAUCUGCUGACCCUCUCAACAGUGCUUUCCAUUUGACAUACAACAUGGUAUUAAAUUUGCUGCGUGUGGAAGAAAUUAACCCGGAAUACAUGUUAGAGAAAUCUUUUUACCAAUUCCAACAUUACAGAGCUAUUCCAGGAGUAGUUGAAAAGGUCAAUAAAUUGGAACAGCAGUACAAUGAGAUUGAAAUUCCAAAUGAGGAAAAUGUGGUCAUUUACUAUAAAAUCAGACAACAGCUGGCUAAGCUGGGUAAAGAAAUAGAAGAGUACAUUCACAAGCCAAAGUAUUGCUUGCCAUUUUUACAGCCAGGGAGGCUGGUAAAAGUGAAAAAUGAAGAUGAUGACUUUGGCUGGGGCGUUGUGGUGAACUUCUCCAAGAAAUCAAAUGUGAAGCCUAACUCUGGUGAGCUGGACCCACUCUAUGUUGCUGAAGUCCUCCUGCACUGUAGCAAAGAAAGCUUAAAAAAUUCUGCCACUGAAGCUGCAAAACCAGCAAAACCCGAAGAAAAAGGGGAGAUGCAGGUUGUUCCUGUUUUGGUGCAUCUUCUGUCAGCAAUCAGCAGUGUUCGCCUGUAUAUACCCAAAGACCUGAGACCUCUUGAUAACAGACAGAGCGUACUGAAGUCAAUACAGGAAGUGCAGAAACGGUUCCCUGAUGGCGUUCCUUUGCUGGAUCCUAUUGAUGACAUGGGAAUUAAAGAUCCAGGUCUGAAGAAAGUAAUCCAAAAAAUAGAAGCGUUUGAGCACAGGAUGUAUUCUCACCCACUUCACAAUGAUUCUAAUUUGGAAACUGUGUACAAACUUUGUGAAAGAAAAGCACAGAUUGCUGUAGACAUUAAAGCAGCAAAACGAGAACUGAAGAAAGCCAGGACUGUUUUACAAAUGGAUGAGCUCAAGUGUCGUAAACGUGUUUUGAGAAGGUUGGGUUUUGCAACCUCCUCGGACGUCAUAGAGAUGAAAGGACGAGUUGCUUGUGAAAUCAGCAGUGCUGAUGAGCUGUUGCUGACGGAAAUGAUGUUCAAUGGACUUUUCAAUGACUUAUCUGCUGAACAAGCAACUGCUUUACUAAGCUGCUUUGUCUUUCAAGAAAAUUCUAGUGAAAUGCCCAAACUAACAGAACAGUUGGCAGGCCCCCUUCGCCAAAUGCAGGAAUGUGCAAAAAGAAUCGCUAAAGUGUCGGCAGAAGCUAAAUUGGAAAUUGAUGAGGAAAACUACCUGAAUUCGUUUAGGCCAAACUUGAUGGAUGUCGUGCACACGUGGGCCAAUGGAGCAACGUUUGCUCACAUAUGCAAAAUGACAGAUGUAUUUGAAGGGAGCAUAAUACGCUGUAUGAGGCGGCUAGAAGAAUUGCUUCGACAGAUGUGUCAAGCAGCAAAGGCCAUUGGAAACACAGAACUGGAAAACAAAUUUGCAGAAGGCAUUACCAAAAUCAAGAGAGAUAUUGUAUUUGCUGCAAGUCUUUACCUAUAAGUAUUGUCCUGACAUGGAGUGUGAACAUCACUAAUUAUUCUUCAGAGGCAGAAGUGUAAAGUUAACGACAGAAUCUGCCAAUCCUUCCCAAGCAGGAGAGAUGCUUAAUAUUCUUGUAUGUAUUUCACCAUGAGCCUCAUGCUAGCAAGCAUAUUACAUACCAUUGCUGUUUGUACAUAAGUGUUACCACAUUAUUUUUAAUUAAAAAAACAGCCAGAA